CAACGUAGGACAAUCAACACCACCUCCACGAUGCCAAUCACAGAGGGUGCGCCAGUUCAUGGCAAUCCUGCCCACCUGCUUCCACCAUCUUGGAAGAGAUCCAUCGCUCUCUGGCUCGAAGAAGAUACGCCAAGCUUCGAUUAUGGAGGUUUCGUGGUCGGCGAUGGACCUGCUGAGGCGAGACUGCUCGCAAAGAGCGCUGGCAUUUUAGCAGGAGUUCCGUUCUUCGACGAGAUCUUCAAGCAGUUGGACUGCACCGUUGAGUGGUUCGUAAAAGAGGGCGACGAAGUCGGGAGAGAGAAGAAGCAGCAUGUGGCGACAGUGAGAGGACCGGUGAGAUGCGUGCUGCUUGGCGAGCGCGUGGCAUUGAAUGUGCUUGCACGAUGCUCAGGCGUGGCGAGCAAGUCGCAUUCGCUGCUCUCAUUGCUGCGAAAGGCAGGCUACAAGAACACUUUGGCUGGUACACGCAAGACUACGCCCGGCUUCCGGCUGGUGGAGAAGUAUGGCAUGCUCGUGGGUGGAUGCGAUCCUCAUAGACAAGACUUGAGCACCAUGACAAUGCUGAAAGAUAACCACGUCUGGGCGUGCGGUGGCUCAAUACCAACUGCAGUUGCAGCAGCAAAAUCGGCCGGCGGAUUUGCAGUCAAGGUAGAAGUGGAGUGCCAAACAGAAGAGGAGGCAGAGACAGCUAUCAAGGCCGGCGCAGACGUGGUGAUGCUGGACAACUUUACACCAGACGGCGUGAGAGUGGCAUCGAAGAAUCUCAAAGACCGGUGGGGCAGAGGGCAAAAUGCGAGAGCGUUGGUGGAAGUUUCGGGAGGCUUGACCGAGGACAACGUGGCAGACUACGUAUGCGAUGAUGUCGAUAUCAUCAGCUCCUCGAGCAUCCACCAAGGCGUGAAGCAUGUUGACUUCUCACUGAAGAUGAUACCGAAGGAGAGCAGUACGAAUGGGAAGGCGGGCAAUGGUGAAUCUGCUGAGACGUGACGGGAGCACGGACCAGGCACAAACGAUGCGAGUCCAACGAUUCACUUCUGUAAUUUUACAAACCAGGCUAGUCUCGCCGUGAAGCGAGGCUAAGGAAGACCCUGAUUCUUCCAUCUUUUG